ACACCCAAAAGCGUGUUAAGCUGCAGCAGCUCACUCACAUGUCGCGUCUUCCCAUCAUCCUGCUCCUCCUCGUCCUCCCGCUGGUUGCCUCCAUUGCGCAGCCCAUACCGUCGAAAACCUCUGCCGGCACCGGCACGAGCUCCACCACGUCCAUUCUGCUCUCCUUCGUCGCCGCGCUUCCCCCGGCCGCCCAGCGCGUCCUCCGCCCGACAUGGAUGGGGCACCACCCCACCGGCGGCAACUCGUCCUCCUCUUUCGCCACCUCCAGGCACCACCACCGCCGCCACUGUGCCUUCCUAGGCGUCACCUGCUCUGCCUCAGGCGCCGUGACCGCGGUCAACCUCUCCGGCGUGGGGCUUUUCGGCGCGCUCGCCGCGUCCGCGCCACGCCUGUGCACGCUCCCGUCGCUUGCCGCGCUCGACCUCAGCCGGAACAACCUCACGGGCGCUGUCCCAGUCGCGCUCGCCGCAUGCUCCACCAUCACCACGCUCGUCCUCAGCUUCAACCUCCUCACCGGCUCCAUCCCUGCGGAGCUCCUCUCCUCGCGCCGGCUCCGGAUGAUCGACCUCAACACCAACGCGCUCACCGGGGAUAUCCCCGCCGCUCCCUCCGGCUCCUCGCCUCUCCAGUACCUCGACCUCAGCGCCAACUCCCUCUCGGGCGCCAUCCCGCCGGAGCUCGCCGCGCUCCCGGAGCUCACCUACCUGGACCUGAGCAGCAACAACCUGUCGGGCCCAGUGCCGGAGUUCGCAGCUCCGUGCGGGCUCCUCUACCUCAGCCUCUACUCCAACCAGCUCGCCGGCGAGCUCCCCCGCAGCCUCGCGCACUGCAGCAACCUCACCGUCCUGUACCUGCCCAACAACAACAUCAGUGGCAAGGUGCCCGAUUUCUUCGCCUCCAUGCCGAACUUGCAGAAACUGUACCUUGGCAACAACGCGUUCGCCGGGGAGUUGCCGGCAAGUAUCGGUGAGCUUCUGAACCUGGAAGAAUUGGUGGUGUCGAGUAACUGGUUCACAGGCUCUGUCCCUGAGGCAAUCGGACAGUGCCAGUCCUUGACAAUGCUCUACUUGAACGGUAACUGCUUCACCGGCUCAGUUCCGCAGUCUGUCGGCAACUUGAGCCUAUUGCAGAAGUUCUCUGUCGCGGACAACAGCCUUACCGGGAGCAUACCACUGGAAAUUGGGAAUUGCCGGGGACUGGUGGAGCUUGAGCUCCAGAAUAACAGCCUUUCCGGGACGAUACCGCUGGAGAUCGCCGAGCUCAGCCAACUGCAGAAGCUGUAUCUGUUCAACAACAUGCUCCAUGGCCCAGUUCCUCCAGAAUUGUGGCAACUGUCUGACAUGGUGGAGCUGUAUCUCAACAACAACAGCCUAAGCGGUGAGAUACAUUCAGACAUCACUCGCAUGAGGAAUCUCAGAGAGAUCACCUUGUACAGCAACAACUUCACCGGCGAGCUGCCGCAAGCCCUGGGGCUCAACACUACGCCGGGGAUUCUUCGUGUCGACCUCACCGGCAACAAUUUCCACGGCCCAAUUCCUCCUGGUCUAUGCACAGGGGGUCAGCUUGCUAUCCUUGAUCUUGGAUACAACCGGUUCGAUGGGGGAUUUCCCAGCGACAUAGCUAAAUGCCAGUCUCUGUAUAGGAUCAAUCUGAAUAGCAACAAAAUCAGUGGGAGCUUACCUGCAGAUUUGGGCACGAAUAAAGGGUUGUCGUACAUAAACAUGCGUGACAACCUUCUUGACGGGAGGAUACCGAGUGUGGUCGGUUUGUGGAGCAACCUCACAAUGGUCGAUCUCUCGUGCAAUAACUUCUCUGGCCCCAUACCUCACGAGCUCGGCGCUCUGAGAAACCUUGUAACUCUGCGAAUGUCAUCGAACAUGCUUACUGGAUUCAUACCACACAAACUGGGAAACUGCAAACAACUUGUCAGCUUAGACCUUGGAAGUAACCUUCUCAAUGGAAGUUUACCAGCAGAGAUCACAACUCUUGGUAGCCUGCAAAAUCUACUACUCAGCGGAAAUAAGCUCACAGGGGCAAUACCAGAUUCCUUCACUGCAACACAGGCCCUACUUGAGCUGCAGCUUGGUGACAAUCUUCUUGAAGGAGCCAUCCCACACAGCUUAGGUAAUCUUCAGUACAUCUCUAAAACCCUGAACAUUAGCAACAACAGAUUGAGCGGCCAAAUCCCAAGCAGCCUGGGCAACCUUCAGGAUUUGGAAGUGCUUGACUUGUCGAAGAACUCGUUGUCUGGCCCGAUACCACAGCAGCUGAGCAACAUGAUCUCUCUUUUGGUUGUGAACGUGUCAUUGAAUGACCUAUCCGGUCAGCUACCUGCUAGCUGGGUUAAGCUGGCAGCGCAGUCGCCUCAAGGGUUUUUGGGGAAUCCUCAGUUGUGUGUACAAGCUGACAAUGCACCUUGCUCCUCCAAGAAUCUAUCUGUCAAAAACAGAACCAGAAACACAAGGAUCAUUCUGGCAUUGCUACUUUCAGCUCUAGCUAUCAUUGUUGCUGGUCUGUUUGCGGUACACUACAUUACAAAGAGGUCUCGACGCCUAUCGGCUAAACGUGUCUCACUCCGUAGCCUGGACUCAACAGAGGAAUUACCUGAAGACUUCUCCUAUGAAGACAUCAUCCGGGCUACUGACAACUGGAGUGAAAAGUAUGUCAUCGGAAGAGGCCGACAUGGCACGGUCUACCGCACAGAGAGCAAGCUUGGAAAACAGUGGGCAGUCAAGACGGUUGACCUGUCUCAAUCCAAGUUCCCAGUCGAGAUGAAGAUCCUGAACACGGUGAAGCACCGGAACAUAGUCAGGAUGGCCGGGUACUACAUCCGUGGAAAUGCCGGCCUGAUCCUCUACGAGUUCAUGCCCGAGGGGACGCUCUUCGAGCUACUGCACCAAAGGAAGCCUCAGGUAGCCCUUGACUGGAGUGUCCGGCAUCAGAUCGCCCUUGGUUUAGCACAGGGUCUCUCCUAUCUGCACCAAGACUGUGUGCCCAUGAUUGUUCACAGGGAUGUCAAGUCAAGCAACAUACUGAUGGAUGCUGACCUAGUACCCAAGAUCACUGACUUUGGCAUGGGGAAGAUCGUUGGCGAUGAGGAUGCAGACGCAACGGUUUCUGUCAUUGUCGGCACCCUCGGCUACAUUGCUCCAGAGCAUGGAUACUCCACAAGGUUAACCGAGAAGAGCGACGUGUACAGCUACGGAGUAGUGCUGCUCGAGCUCCUGUGCAGAAAGAUGCCCGUGGAUUCUGCAUUUGGAGAAGGUGUCGACAUUGUGACGUGGAUGAGAUCAAACCUGAAGCAGGCAGAUCACCCCACCAUCAUGAGCUGCCUGGAUGAGGAGAUGCUCUACUGGCCUGAAGAUGAGCAGGCAAAGGCACUGGACUUGCUUGAUCUUGCGAUUUCCUGCACGCAGACGGCUUGCCAGUUAAGGCCUUCCAUGAGGGAAGUGGUCAACAUCUUGGUGAGAAUGGAUAUCUAAGAAUUCUCUUAAGUUUUCAGUAGUUAUCUGCGGUCAAAUGCCACAGUACAUAGCUGGCAUAGAAAAAGCACUACAAAUAGUUUCUUUCGAGGGAAAUGCCAUGUAACCGAAUGAAUGUUUCUUGCAAGAAAUUGUAUGUAAUACUGAGUUUAUCAGAAAUAGGAAGUGAGCCUAGCUGACUAAGUUGUGGGACUGAAUGUACAAUCUCAGCAUCUGGAUUCAAGUCUAUUGGUACUUCCGUUCCAGUUA